GCUUUCUGCGGCUGAAGAUCCUCCGCUCCGCUGCACGAGACUCUUCAGCUCUGAGCUCGCGCUGCUCUGCUUGUGUGUGGUGACCGCAGCUGAGAGGAUGCAGGUUCGAGUGCUGCUGAUCCUGAUACUGACAUCAGUAUUAAUCACACGAGCUCAAGUGGACGUGUUCACAUGUAGAACUCCAGCCGUUGCCGAUAUCGUGAUUCUGGUGGAUGGAUCGUGGAGCAUCGGCCGAAUUAAUUUCCGUUUGGUGCGGAUGUUUCUGGAAAGUCUCGUCAGGGCCUUCGCAGUUGGAUCUGAACACACACGUGUUGGUUUGGCGCAGUACAGCGGGGAUCCGCGGAUUGAGUGGCAUCUGAACACUCACAGCACUAAAGAGGCUGUCAUCGACGCCGUGAAGACUCUGCCUUAUAAAGGAGGAAACACACUCACAGGUCUUGCUCUGACGUAUAUUCUGGAGAACAGCUUCAAAGCUGAAUCUGGAUCCAGACCUGACAGGACACGACUAGCGGCUGAUUUCAGCGUGAUGAGCUCCAUCGUGGAGGGACUGACCAGGAGCAUCUGCGAGCGUGUCUCUGAACUCAGCAGAGAGAUCAGCGGUGAGACAGAUCCAUAUUCCACGAGGUCACUGGACGCUCCCAGUAACCUUGUGACCUCUGAGGUCAUGGCCAGGAGCUUCCGUGUGUCAUGGACCCAUGCUGCAGGGCCGGUGGAGAAGUACAGAGUGGUGUAUUACUCAUCCAGUGAAUCCAGACCCGAAGAGGUGGUGGUGAACGGCAAUGAUAACUCUGUGGUGUUGAGGUAUCUGAACUCUCUGACGGAGUAUCAGAUCACUGUGUUCGCCAUCUACAGCAACGCAGCCAGUGAAGCUCUGAGAGGCAGCGAGACCACCUUGGCGUUGCCGACGGUCAGUAAUCUGGAGCUGCAUGACAUCACUCACAGUAGCAUGCGUGCGCGCUGGCGGGAGGCAGAAGGGGCUUCUGGGUACAUGAUCCUGUACGCGCCUCUGACGGAGGGCGACCCUGCGGACGAGAAGGAGGUUAAAGUGUCUGACUCCGUGACUCAGGUUGAACUGGAAGGUUUAACUCCUGCGACCGAAUACACAGUGACUGUUUAUGCCCUGUAUGGAGAGGAAGCCAGUGACCCCAUGACCGCGCAGGAGACCACGCUCCGUCUGACUCCGGCUCGUAAUCUGCGCAUCUCAGACGUCAAUCACAGCUCUGCUAAACUCUCGUGGGACACGGCGUCUCGUAAGGUCAAAGGUUACCGUAUUGUUUAUGUGAAGACGGACGCUGUGGAGACCAAUAAGGUGGAAGUGGGUCCGGUCACCACACUGUUGCUGCGUAACCUGACGUCUCUGACGGAGUACACCGUCGCCAUCUUUGCCCUGUAUGACGAGGGACAAGCAGAACCGCUGACGGACAGCUUCACCACCAGUGAGGUUCCUCUGCCGCUGAACCUCCGCAGCAGUGACGUGUCCACCGAUAGCUUCAGAGUGAUGUGGCAAGACGCCGCUUCUGACGUCUCCUUCUACAGACUCACCUGGAGACCCGCAGCAGGAGGAGAGACUAAAGAGGUUCUCAUCAAUGAUAACUCCAACUGGUUUGUCAUCACGGGUCUGAAGCCUUUGACUGAAUAUGAAGUUUCUCUGUCUGCGAUCUACAGAGACGAGUCUGAGAGCAAUCUGGUGGUGAUCAGUGAGACCACAGUCGCCAGAACAACAACUGUUGUGACGACGACCGUCAGAACGACUACAGCCGUGCAGCGUCUGGCCAUCAGGAAUCUGCAGCUGAGUGAUAUGACGACCUUCAGCAUGCGUGUAUCAUGGGAUCCACUGGGUCCAAACGUGCGUCAGUACCGAGUGUCGUACAUCAGCACACGAGGAGACCGCGCCGAACAGACGGCCAUGGUUCCUGCGGCUCAGACCUCGCUGCUGCUGCAGCCUCUUCUGUCGGACACAGAGUACCGUCUCAGCGUCUCAGCGGUCUACAGCGACGGCGACGGCCCGCCCAUCACACGCCUCGCACGCACACUGCCUCUCUCUGCUCCCAGUAACCUCCGUGUGUCUGAGGAGUGGUACAACCGCUUCCGCAUCAGCUGGGACGCGCCGCCGUCACCCACCAUGGGUUACAGGAUCGUCUACCAGCCCACCUCAGCGGCCAGCCGCGCGCUGGAGACGUUCGUGGGCGACGACAUCAACACCAUGCUGAUCGUCAAUCUGUUGAGUGGGACGGAGUACAGCGUUAAAGUCAUCGCCACCUACACCACGGGAUCCAGCGAGGCCCUGAGCGGACGCGCCAAAACACUGUAUCUGGGAGUGAGUAACCUCAGCACGUAUCAGGUGCGGACGAGCAGCAUGUGUGUGCAGUGGCAGCCGCAUCGACACGCAAACCUGUACCGCCUCGUCCUGCAGUCGCCGCUCAACGGUGAGAAACAGGAAGUGAGGUUGAGCGGCUCCACGUCCAGACACUGCUUUAAUGAUCUGACGCCGAACACACAGUACACCAUCAGCAUUCACGCUCAGCUGCAGGACACGGAGGGACCCGCCGUCACCACCACACAGAGAACAUUUCCUGUGGCCACGGCUCCGCCCACUACACCCAGCACCACCGCCGCCCCGCCCACCCUCCNNNUGUGUGUGUCAGUGUGUCGAGCCGCUAAAGCAGAUCUGGUGUUUCUGGUGGACGGAUCGUGGAGUAUCGGAGAUGACAACUUCCAGAAGAUCAUCCGCUUCCUGUACAGCACCGCCGGAGCUCUGGACCGGAUCGGUCCGGACGGGACUCAGGUGGCCAUCGCUCAGUUCAGUGACGACGCUCGCACCGAGUUCAGGCUCAGCUCAUACGAUAAGAAAGAAAACCUGCUGGACGCCAUUCAGAGGAUCUCAUAUAAAGGAGGAAACACAAAGACAGGCCGGGCAAUGCAGCACGUGAAGGACUCGGUGUUCACGGCGGUGGGCGGAGCCAGAAGGGGCGUGCCUAAAGUCCUGGUGGUGCUGACAGAUGGCCGUUCCCAAGACGACGUGCUCCAGGUUUCCCAGGAGAUCCAGGCAGAAGGCUACAUCGUUUUUGCCAUUGGUUUUUCCGAUGCUGAUUACGGCGAGCUGGUGAGUAUCGCCAGCAAACCCAGCGAGAGACACGUGUUCUUCGUGGACGAUCUGGACGCUUUCAGAAUGAUUGAAGAGAAACUGAUCACCUUUGUUUGUGAAGCUGCAUCAGCAACGUGUCCAUCAGUACCCAUGAGCGGCAGCACUUUACCAGGGUUCAGGAUGAUGGAGACGUUCGGGCUGGUGGAGCAUCUGUACAGCAGUGUGAGCGGUGUGUCCAUGGAGCCGGGGACCUUCAACAGCUACAGCAGCUUCAGACUCGGCAGCGACGCGCUCGUCACACAGCCCACCAGGUUCAUUCAUCCGGAGGGGCUGCCGUCAGACUACACCAUCACCAUGGUCUUCCGCCUGCUCCCCGAGACGCCGCAGGAGCCCUUUGCAUUGUGGGAAGUCCUCAACAGCAACAAUGAGCCGCUGGUGGGAGUCAUUCUGGACAAUCCAGGAAAGACGCUGACUUACUUCAACACUGAUUAUAAUGGUGAUUUUCAGACGGUGACGUUUGAGGGUCCGGACAUCCAGAAGCUCUUCUAUGGCAGUUUUCAUAAGCUGCACAUCGCUGUCAGUAAGACGUCGGCUCUUGUGAUGGUCGACUGUAAACCGGCGGGAGAGAAACCUGUUAAUGCGGCCAAAAACAUCAGCACUGAUGGCGUGGAGGUUCUGGGACGGAUGGUGCGAUCCAGAGGAUCCAAAGACAACUCUGCACCGUUUCAGCUGCAGUCCUUUGAUAUUGUCUGCAGCACGUCAUGGGCUCAACGGGACAAAUGCUGCGAGCUGCCCAGCCUGAGAAAGGAAGCUGAGUGUCCAUCUCUCCCACGCGCCUGCACCUGCACUCAGGACAGUAAGGGCCCCCCUGGCCUCGCCGGCCCCCCAGGAGGUCCGGGCAUCAGAGGAUCCAGAGGAGAUCGAGGUGAACCCGGCCCUGUGGGUCCUGUUGGUCCAGUGGGGGACGCUGGCGUUCCGGGUGCUCAGGGGCCUCCCGGUCCUCCGGGGCCCAGCGGACGCUCUAUCAGAGGCCCUCCGGGGGCUCCGGGUGAGUCGGGACAGAAGGGUGACGCCGGUCCUUCAGGACUGCAGGGUGUUCCCGGCUCUCCAGGGCCUGCAGGCCGCGACGGGCCUCCAGGAUCGCGGGGUUUGCCGGGUCAGGACGGCCCUCAGGGACGAGUGGGACCACCGGGAACCAUAGGGGGUCCGGGAGUACCAGGGGCCCCGGGAGAAAAUGGCCCUCCAGGACCCACAGGAGACCAGGGUCCCCCGGGACACCUGGGACCCAAGGGAGACAAGGGUGAGCGGGGUGACGUCCAGUCAACGGCUUCUGUCCAAGCCAUAGCCAGACAAGUGUGCGAGCAGCUGAUCCAGAGUCACAUGGCGCGGUACAGUUCUAUUCUGAACCACAUUCCCAGUCAGCCGGUGUCUAUCCGCACCGUUCCCGGACCACCGGGAGAGCCGGGACGACAAGGGACUCCAGGACCUCAGGGAGAGCAGGGGCCAUCGGGACGCCCGGGAUUCCCUGGCACUAACGGAGAGAACGGCCAGCCGGGAGCGCGAGGACCUCUGGGUGAGAAGGGAGAGAAGGGCAGUCCAGGUGUGGGAGUCCAGGGACCCAGAGGACCUGCUGGACCACCAGGAGCUCCUGGUGAAGGCCGAACAGGAAGUCCAGGUCCGUCUGGUCGCCCCGGUAACCCCGGCAGUCCCGGCAGACCUGGGAUUCCCGGACCUGUUGGUCCGCCCGGCCCGCCCGGAUACUGCGACCAGAACUCCUGCCUCGGCUACAACGUGGGAGGUGAGCUCUGUGUGACGAGCCUCCAUGACACCCAGUUUCACAACUGA